AUGUCAGAUGACGAAGAGGACUGGAAUGAGAGUGACGAGGAGCACAGAGAUUGGGAGGAAGAGCAGGACUACGAGCUGAGACCGCGAGUGAUGAAGACUGUACAGGAGAGCACCAGAUUGCCUAUCAAGACCAAGGAAGGACGAUUGAUCAAGAUGGCCGCGCCGAAGCCCACUAAAGAGGAAUCAGAAUCGGAAGAGGAGGAGGAGGAAGCAACCCCAGAGCCCGAUGUGGUCGAAGCGAAGCCUGAGAAGAAGCUUACCCUGAAGCAGCGUGUUCUCGCAGCAAAGGAGGAACUUGCGAAGCUCGCCAACGACCUUAUCGAAGAUCCCGAAGAGAACAUCUUCAACCUGAAACGUCUACGCGAACUCUCUGAGUCGCCCGACCUCCCGAUCGUCAAGCUCGCCCUCGUUACUCAGCUCGCAGUUUACAAGGACAUCAUCCCAGGAUAUCGUAUUCGUCCACUGACGGAAAUCGAAUUGGCGCAAAAGGUUAGCAAGGACGUGAAGAAGUUGAGGGUCCACGAGGAGACGCUUGUUGGGAACUACCAGGCAUAUGUCCAGUUGUUGGGAGUUAUGGUGAAGGACCAGAGGCAACAUGAGGCUGGAUCCCAAUAUGCCAAUUUGGCACUGAUCGCUUGCAACGCUGUCUGCACGUUACUGACCACCCAUCCCCACUUUAACUUCAGAACUGAGUUGCUGAACAUUGUGAUUGGACGGUUAAGUCGUAAGACUGUUGACGAAGGGUUCGAGAAGUGCAGGUUGGCGAUCGAGCAGAUCUUCCGUGAGGACGAUGAGGGUCAUGCUUCUAUGGAGGCGGUGAAGUUGUUGGCGAAGAUGAUGCAGUCACGGCACUAUAAGGUUGACGAAGGCGUUUUGAACACCUUCUUCCACCUCCGUCUGCUCUCUGAAUUCAACCAGCGUGCAUCGACGGAGAGGGUUGAGAAGGAGCAACAAGUGAAAAUGAAGAAGAAGGACCGGGAGCAUCGUACCAAGAAGCAACGAAAGCAGGCGAAGGAGGAUAAGGAGAUUGAGAAGGAGAUGAAGGAAGCUGAGGCUAUCGUUGACAAGGAGGAGAAGGAUCGCAUGCAGGGUGAGACUUUGAAGAUUGUCUUUGUUACCUACAUCCGUAUCUUGAAGGAAGGAAGCAAGGAGUUGAUGGGUGCUACUCUGGAAGGAUUGGCAAAGUUUGCUCAUUUGAUCAACAUCGAUUUCUUUGGAGAUCUGUUGGAGGCAUUGAAGGAGUUGUUGGCGCUUGCGGAGGCGAACGAUGAUGGCGAUGACAGAAACGAUUACCUCGGCCGCUCCGAAACUCGUGAAGCAUUGCUUUGUGUAACUACAGCCUUUGCGUUGCUGUCAGGUCAAGGUGACACGCAUGCAUCUCUUGACUUGAGUACAUUCGUACAUCACCUGUACUCCACGUUACUUCAGGUAUCGCUGAACCCCGAUGUCGAGUUCUCCUCGAAGACUCCUCGAUUGCAAGAUCCAAACAACCCUCAGGAGCUCCGUCCAUCAAGAGUCAACGUCGCUACCGAGAUGGAGAUGGUUGUGCGUUCGCUUGAAUCCAUUCUUUUUAAGCAGCGCAAUGUGCCACCAGUGCGUGUGGCUGCUCUGGCGAAGCGUCUUGGUGUUGCUAUGCUCAACUUCCCGGAGAAGUCGACUUUGGCUUCUCUUGGCACCAUGCACAAGAUGGCAAGAAAGUACUCGAGAUUACAGGCGUUGUUCUCUACUGAGGACCGAACAGGCAAUGGAGUAUACAACGCUUUGGUUGAUGAUCCGGAGUUGAGUAACCCGUACGCAGCGACUAUGUGGGAGACUGUGUUGUUGGAGAGACAUUAUUCGCCGAAGGUUGCGGAUGCGGCAAAGACUCUUUACAAGGCGUUUGAUCUGCAAUAA